AUUGCAAGGACAUAAAUCCUUCUUCAGAAUCCCAAACACAAAACUGAAACGGAGAAAGUGAGCGAGCAGUAGUGAGCAGCCGCCGCAGAGGGAUAUAAUUAUAGAUAAAAAGAAACAAAAAUGGCGAUGUUACCGUCAUCGUCACCGCCAUCGUCGCUGCAGCAAUUCUCGAAGCAGUUUCCUGCCGCGUUCUCUCCCAUUGUCAUCUUCACUGCCAGACAACAACAAUCCAGGCCUCUUCUUUCUUUCUCCACUAGAGCUGUCGACCCCGAAACAAAUGCUUCGUCUGAUACAACCGAAGAAGCAUCGGCAGCCGCAGCAGACGACGAUGACAAGUUCGAGAGCCGGUUGGCACAGGUCCGGUACAGGUACAGAAGCGGCACUGGGAAAAAAGCGGAGGUCAGGAAGGGCAAGAGAUCCAAGAAGGGCUCCGGUGGCGGCGUAUUUCUCCCGCCGAUUCCACUGAAAGAGCCAGUGUCAGGGAGACUGAAGGUAGACUUCGGAUUCAGCCCUUACACGGAGCGGAUAAAUGGAAGUCUCGCGGCUCUAGGUCUGGCGGCACUGCUGCUGGUGGAGCUGGCCUCUGGUAAGAGCGUAAUCAACUACCAUACGCCUGCGAUAAUCUUCGUUCAGAUCUAUUUCGUAGCCGCUGUUUCGACGCUCUAUAUCAAGUACGAGAAGGAAAGAAUCAGCAUCUGGCCUCAAUCCCCCAAAAAAUCUUAAACAUUUCUUCUUAUAUAGAAUUCAAAGAAGAAGAAACACGUUAAUGUAGUUCCUGUUCGUUGAUCAUUUCAUUCCUUUCCUCCUUGAAACAAUUUUUGGUUUUAGUUAAUGAAAUCUUCCCUUUUGACAACUCUCCAUACUUGAUGCAAUGUACGACAACCCAUUGCUCUCUUCUUGUUUUGGACAUUUGAUGCAACGGGUGUCUAUCUAUAAUCUAUGUUCAUUCUGAUUA